AGAUGCGGCAAUGUCCAUGAGCUGGGACGUGUUGGAACCAAACAUUGGAAUGAUAAUUGGCCUAUGACUCAAAUCUCUGGAUCCGUAGCUAUUCAAGAUCCCCAUAAGUUGCGGGGUUUUCGAGGCGCUCAAGAGCACAAUCACAUUGUUAACAUUCAUAAACAAAAUGAACAACAACAACAACAACAACGACAACAUGACAAGUAAGAACCGGAGAGGAACGGCGGGCGAAGUUACACAUACAGUACAAACAACUGGAGUGUUAUUGAAGCUACCACUAAGAGCCGCGAGGAGAAAGUGUCC